AAGAACACCAUAUGAAAGAAAAAGAUCACCGAAUGAAAAUAAAAGACCACCGAAUGAAAAUAAAAGAUCACCGAGUACUAAACCCUCACGCUGCCAAGAAAUUGUAUAAAAAUGUAACUGCCGACGUUCGUAAGGAUUUUGAAAGACAGGCGGAAAUGAUGCGGUCAGGAACUAAAUCAUCCUUUAUUAAUAUGGAUGCAAAUUUUUAUGAUGUUAAAAAUGAGGCUACGAUCUCGAGAUUAACAGCUAAAUCAAUGGGGUAUGCUUCGAUUGCUUCCAACGUUUUUUUCAUGGAAACAAUGAAAGAAUGA